UGCGUUGCUUUUAUAUCAUCUUCUCCACUCUGGCUCACCCAGCUCCGCUGCCCAAGCACGCAGCCCCACUCCCCAUCUGAAACCUGCGAGGCUCGCUCUCAUGGAGAACCCCCACCUCCAUUCUCACCUUUCACCGCUCCCUCUCCUCCUCCUCCUCCUCCUCCUCGGCUCGGCCUACGGCGUCUCUGCCGUCGGUGUCAACUACGGCACUCUUGGCAACAACCUCCCCCCGCCGAAGAAAGUGGCGCAGCUCCUCCAGGCCACCCUCAUCGACAGGGUCAAAAUCUACGACUCCAACCCGGACAUCCUCGCCGCCUUUUCCAACACAGGCAUCGACCUUGUUGUCGCCGUCGAGAACCGCCUCGUUGCCAACCUCAGCAAGGACCCCUCCGUUGCGGCCCAGUGGCUCGCCUCCCGCGUCGCCCCCUUCCUCCCGGCCACAUCCGUCGUCGCCAUCGCCGUCGGCAACGAGUACCUCACCUCCGGUGACGACAAGCUCGAGCCGAACGACCUGGUCCAGGCAAUGCAGAACCUGCACGCGGCGCUGGUGGCCCGCGGCCUCGACCGCAAGAUCAAGGUCUCGACGCCGCACAGCAUGGCCGUGCUCGCGGCGUCGUUCCCCCCGUCGUCGUCCACCUUCGCGAUGACUCUGCUCCCGACCAUGACCUCGAUCGUGGAGUUCCUCGCCGAUACCGGAGCUCCAUUCAUGAUCAACGCCUACCCCUACUUCGCCUACCGCGACAACCCUACCUCCGUCAAUCUGGAGUACGCAUUGCUCGGGAACAAGACGACCGUCCGCGAUCCGAAGGGGUACGUCUACACGAACAUGCUGGACGCGCAGAUCGACGCCGUGAGGUCGGCAAUCGGAGCGCUGGGGUUCGGCAACCGGUCGAUGGAGAUCACUGUGUCAGAGUCGGGGUGGCCAUCGAAGGGAGAGGACGGGGACAAGGCGGCGACGCCGGAGAACGCGAGGACAUACAACACGAGGCUGAUAGAGAGGGCGCAGGCGAACAGGGGGACGCCGAUGAGGCCGGAGGAGAGGGUGGAGAUCUUCGUGUUCGCGCUGUUCAACGAGAACAAGAAGCAAGGCGGCGUCCCCGAGAGGAACUUCGGGCUGUUCAACGGCGACGGAUCGAAGUCAUACGACGUGGACUUGAGCUGCCAGUUCUGCAGCGGCGGAGUGUUAGGGUUCGGAGAGAAAGCGGUUGGGAGCAGCACGGCCGCGAGAGGGCCGUCGGUGUGGUGCGUGGCGAAGCCGCACGCGGAGGAGGGGGUGCUGCAGGCGGUGGUGGACUUCUGCUGCGGGCCCGGGGGCGUGGACUGCCGGGAGGUGUACGAGGGAGGGGAGUGCUACAUGCCGGAGAAGGUGCACGCGCACGCGUCGUACGCCAUGAACGCCUACUACCAGAUGCACGGGAGGAACUAUUGGAACUGCGACUUCAAGGGCACCGGCCUCGUCACGUUCGGCGAUCCCAGUUACGGAAGAUGCCGGUAUUCUCAGCAGUAGAAGCAAAGGAUGGUACCCUGUGCGCUUGAACAGGGGAGCACUGUUGUCGAUGAGAAAGCACUCCGCAAUCAAGUGUACUCGAUUAGAGAUUUUGAAUAUGUCCCAAACCCCAUCGAACAUCUUGAAUUUAUCGCUAUGGUUUCUGUCUAGAUUGUCCUUAAAAGUGAUGGCCUUUUCCUCGACCUUAGCAAAAAAGCAUGACUUUUUGUAUACAGACAAAACCAGCGCGAGCUGGUCUCUCGCUGGCUUUCUUUUCGGUGGUCGUGUUUUUCGUUUUUUUU